AUGUUCUUUUAUUAUUUGUUUUCUAUUGCUACAGCCAGUAAUUGCUUAAAUUCCUAUGGAUAAGUUGUAGAUUAUUGGUUGAUUUUUAAACUACCGAAAGACUCCACAAAUCAAUAUACAGGUAUGGAAUAUCACUAUUGUGAUUCUACAACAUAAUGUGUAGAACUAAAGUAUUAAUCUGAUAAAUUAAAUGAUGUUACUUCACCACUCUAAAUAACUAUGAAUUAGGUUCAUUUUAAAGAUACUACUACUAUGAAUGUAAUUUGGAAUGAUUAGCCAUUUGAUAAGGAUUACUAUCCUGAUAUGGCUCACUCUAAAGGAGUCUUGAGUGCUUCUUUAAAUGGUCAAGGUUUUAUUAUAAAUCACUCAACUCCAAAGUUUCCUAUCAUGGAUUCAAAUUAUGAGUAAAAUUCAUUUUCAUUUCUAGUGAAAUUAUUUUAGGGAUGCCUACUAAUUCAUUUACUUAUGGUCAACAUUUUAUGUGUUUUAGUAUUUCUACUUCUGAAAUAGAAAGAAUUGCACAAUAAUUAAUUAUUGCUGAAGUUAUAACUGUUAGGGCAAAUUCUCCUGCAGAUUUUAAAACUAUAUACCCAAAUCUUUAUAGUCUAAAAGAUCCAACUAGACAUUCAACUUAUAAUAGUGGCUCUCUUACUUCAUAAACUAGAUAAGGUUUAACUUUAUAAGUGAUUUCAACAAAUUAACAUAAUUAAGUAGAUUUCUAUGCUGCUAUUGUUGCCCCAAGAUUAAAAGUUGGAUUAGUUGUUGAAACUUGGGGAAGUGGUGGAUUAUAACCAGCUGAUUGUACUUCUGCAUUCUAAACAUUCAGCAAUUUGUCUAGAUUACAAAAUGUAAUAUUUCAUAUUUAAAUUAGGGAUAUAAAUUUUCAUAUACUAAAGAUCAUUCAAAGUUUGGUAUUUCAUUAAGUUCAAAUAUUCCUUAUGUCUGUAUGUCCGAUAUUAAUAGAUAAACAAGCCAAAAUAAAAGAGGAGGAACUGCUAUAUGUUUUAUACAUUCUAAUUUAUGGUCAUAAAUUAAUUAUUCAUUCAUCGAAAGGCAAACAUGUUGA